AUGAUAAUGGAAAAUCAGAGCAGUGUGACACAGUUUCUCUUGGUUGGUUUUUCAAUUUCAGUAGAGCUACAGUUGUUGCUCUUUGUGGUUUUCUUUUCUGUUUAUUUUUUGACUGUGACAGCCAAUGUUUCUAUCAUUAGUUUGGUCCAGGUGGACACAAGACUCCACACUCCUAUGUAUUUCUUUUUAAGACAUCUCUCUUUCUUGGAAAUCUGGUAUACAUCAUCCAUUGUCCCCAAGCUCUUAGCAAAUCUGGCGGGGUGGAAAUAUAUCUCAUUAUCUAGCUGUCUCUCACAAUCAUAUUUCUACUUUUCAUUGGGUUCCACAGAAUUCUUUCUCUUGGGUGUUAUGGCUAUUGACCGUUACUUGGCUAUUUGCAACCCAUUGCGUUAUACCUCCAUCAUGAAUGGGCAAGUGUGUAUUCAGGCAGCCUCAGCUUGCUGGUUAGUCGCUUUCCUUUCUGUGUUUUUUCUGGUAAUUCUGAUAUCUCGAUUGACAUUCUGUGAACCAGCUAUUAUCAACCAUUUCUUCUGUGACAUCCCACCGCUGCUCAGACUAUCUUGCCAAGAGACAUUUUUGGAGGAGAUUGUGGUUUUCUUUUUUGCUUGCAGCAUUAUUCUUACAUCCCUAAUUCUUACCGUCUUUUCAUAUGUGUUAAUCAUUUCAACAAUUUUUAAGAUACCUUCCAAGAAAGGGAGGCAGAAGGCAUUUUCCACUUGUGCCUCUCAUUUCACUGUAGUCUCAAUUUUAUAUGGCACAGUCAUAUUUAUCUAUGUAAGACCUAGUGCGUCCUACCCCAAAGAUGUUAACAAGAUUUUGGGUGUCUUCAACACAGUUGUAACUCCUUUACUCAACCCAAUUAUCUACUGUCUGAGAAAUAAAGAAGUGAAAAAUGCUUUAAGAAAAGUAAUUAAAAAAAAAAGAUACCUUUUAUUUUAG